AAGAUUAAUAAACGAAAAUAAACGAUAAUUUAAGAAAAAUACGAAUUAUCUAAUUGUUAAAUGAGAAAUAAUAAUUAAUGGAAAGUUGCAGUACAAAUUGAAGUUUUAUAUUGCUAUUAAAAAUGAUGGCUGCUACUAAGUGAUUAAUUUAUUGAAAUUAAAGCUAAGGUAAAGAGGAAUCACACAUUCAAUGGAUCAUCAUGGCUAACUCUGGACCAGGGAGAGACAGACUUUCUCAAAAGACUCUACUAUCCAGGUAACGCAGAGUUUUGGAUCGUAUUCUGGACUACAGCUACAAAAUGUCCUUUGGAGUACGGCUAGCUCGCAGCAGACCAAUGCGUUUACUAGGCAGCAUUGCCUUGAAAUGCUGGGCAUUUUCUGGCGUUUAUUUACUGCUUUGCUUCUUCCUUUACUGGCUAUAUGGUGGUGUCUUAGCCUUCUUCCUACUGUGUUUUGCUACAACUGGGAUCUUAUAUCAUAGAGAAGAUCAGCUUCUCUACCAUCCAGAAAUGCCAGCGCAUUCUAGGGUAUAUGUCCCUGCUCCUUCCAUCUUUAGUUUACCUUAUCAAAGUAUAUAUACCAAAUCUGGGGAUGGAACAAUGUUGCACAUGUUCUUUAUUUCUCAGCCAGAGAACAGAAUGAAGAAUGUGCCCACUAUCUUAUUUUUUCAUGGCAAUGCUGGCAAUAUGGGUCACCGGUUACAGAAUAUACUGGGUCUGUACUAUAAUGUACAAUGCAAUAUUCUCAUGUUAGAAUAUCGGGGAUAUGGCUUGUCUCAAGGUUCUCCAUCGGAGGAAGGUCUUUAUAUGGAUGCUCAAGCUGGCAUUAACUAUUUGUCCACCAGGACAGACAUAAAUACUAAUGAAAUUAUAGUGUUUGGUAGAUCGUUGGGUGGUGCAGUAGCGAUCGAUUUAGCUAUGAAGGAGGAGAACUCACGGCGUAUUUGGUGCCUUAUCCUAGAAAACACCUUCACCAGCAUACCGGACAUGGCCGCACUCUUCCUAAAAUCCAAAUUUCUACAGCAUCUGCCACUCUUUGUAUACAAAAACAAGUAUUUGUCUAUCCUCAAAGUGCGCUCCAUUAUUGUACCGACCCUCUUCAUUUCCGGUCUGGCGGAUACCUUAGUACCACCACGUAUGAUGCAAGAUCUAUAUAAGACUUGCCGGAGCGGUCAUAAGCGGCUACUUCCCGUCGCCGGCGGCACGCACAACGAGACGUGGUGCCAACCUGGAUAUUAUCAGCACAUCUGUGCUUUUUUGACCGAACUCAGGGAAAAUCCGCCCCUGAGGGUGGCGUCUAGUCAUUGGCACAUAGACGAUAUUUAGCGAUAAAUUCAAACUCGCGAAGGAUUUAUUUGAUAAAAGACAUAAUUUCAAGAUUAACAGAGAGGAAUUAAAAAUAAAAGCAUUCAGUGAUAUAAUCAGGGAAAUAAUUUAAUUUCCUCUGAAUCUUUCUUUGAAAUAUUGGAGCUUUGUUAAUUAAAUUAACAAAUUAGCUGUCCAAUAAGUCCAAUAAGUCGUGUAAGAUCUAGUGUGAUGAAUUAAGGAUAAAGAAAGAUAAAA